AUGGCAACCUUCCACCCCUUCCCUCGUCUGCCCUACGAGCUGCGGAUGCAGAUAUGGGAGAUGACUGUUGAACCCCGCGUGGUCAACACUGAAGUUCAGUACGACCGCAAGACACGACAACUGCCUCUAACGACGUCCACGCCCAUACCCGCUGUCCUCCAAGCAUGCCAAGAAGCUCGAAAUCACGGACUAUACAUAUGGGCUAAUCUUGAAAUCGACACCAUCGAUAUUGGACAGUCUUUCUUUGAAAGAUACGAAAAAGUCGCCAAGUCCAUCCGCUACCUCAAGUUCGCACGCGAAAUGCAGGCAGAGUGGUUCUACUACGGGGAAGUUGUAGACGUCCAAGACUUUGUCAACGCGAAGGAGAUUUGGAUCGUGCCUCUCGAUGGACUCGGCUGUUGCAUUAAUGCUACAGAAGAACACCUUUGGCCUUGCGGAGAGGAAAACGUAUACUACAUCGACCCUGAGAAUCCCGAACGAGUUUUCCGAGGCCCUGAUGGAGAAUGGGAGAUUGCUGAUCUGUAUGGACCCAAGGCUCCAUGA